AUGAAGCGAUUUUUUUACAAACCCCUUGACCCUCUCGUAGACGGAACUCGACUUCUGCAUUUAUUACCUGGUAGUUCUACCCAGCAACCUCGUUGCUCUCUUAAACAUGUAAAUUUCGGGGGACGUCCAAAGUACAAUGCUGUUUCCUAUACAUGGGGAAAUGAAGCUAAUCAAAAACCCAUUGUUAUUGAUGACCGGUAUUUUCUUGUAACAGAAAAUUUAUACAAGGCACUUAUCUGCUUGCAGCAGCAAAGUGCUACAGAAUACGUUCUCUGGGUCGAUGCUAUCUGUAUAAAUCAAGACGAUGUUGCGGAGCGAAAUCGUCAAUUGACUAUCAUGCCUUAUAUCUAUGAGCGUGCCAAACUUGUGAUAAUUUGGUUAAGAAACGAUGAGAAUACAUCGCCUCCAACAGCUUGGCCAGACCCAGAGAAGAUAUCGCCGUUUGAGCUAUCAGGACAUACUCAACAAUAUAAAGAUCAGCGAUCAUUAUUCAACUACUUAAUGGUCGUAUGCUCAAAUGAAUAUUGGAAGCGACUUUGGAUUAUCCAAGAGAUUGGAAAAGCCAGAAAACUCAUCAUCUUUUUUGGACAAGAACUAAUAGACUGGCAACGAUUUGUGGAAACCAUCACUCUUGACUGGCCAUACCCCGCAUGGAUCACGCAAGAAACAAUGGAAGAAAACGCAUUAUCUCAGACGGUUCCAUGGAACCUUUGUUAUCAAUUACGAAACAAAUAUGAUGGUGCUCAUAAGCUGCAAAACCUAAUGGCAACCCAUCGUCAAGCUUUGUGUAAAGAGCCAAGAGAUAAAGUAUAUGGAUUGGUUGGUUUGGCUACAGAUUGCUAUGCUGGAUUCCCUAUGGAUUAUCGAAAAACCCUCUACGAAGUCUGGAAGGAUACAGUAAUUUUUAGAAAUUCCGAUACUCGAGUUGACCAGAGUGAUAUUUUGAAGUUUGGUAAAUUGGUUCGGGACUCUCUUGGCGGCCCUAAUAUAACGACAAUGAACGAAAUUGCGGAUGACGUCUUUUUGAAAAUACCUCAAAAGUCAAGCCUUGAACAACAUCUCGGAGUUAGCAACCCUACAGUGUUGAAAGUUCCGGCUCGUUUGGUGGGACGAAUUGUACAUUUGGGACCUUCGUAUGUACAAAUCAUGACUGAACUUUCGAAAACUGCAGAUUGGAGAUUGAGUAUCCAGAAUCAUUUGCCAGGCAGACUUCAGCCCAGCGUUCAGGAAGAAAGUGACCUCUUCUUAGAACUGCUAGAAGAUUUGGAUGAGACUGGCCUCAAAAUCGUGUCGACAUGUGGUUCUGAUGUUUCCUGGUUUUGUUAUUAUUUUCCAGGAGAGAAUGCCUACCCGUUCGAUAGACCCACUAAUCGAGAUAUAGGAGACGAGUCUCUGUUGCGCAACUCGUCUUUUCAUUCAUCGUCAGAAAGGUCUGAACCUCUUCCACCGGCCCCCGGCAAGGGAGCACGUUUAUUCCUCUUGGACAAAUAUGACGGAUACUUGCCGGUAUCGAAUGAUGCACUUGCAAACAUGGGUCUUGGACCGUCAGCAGCUCGUGUAGGCGACUACUUGUGUGAGAUUGAUGGGAUUAAAAAGGCGGCAGUCAUAAGGAGAACGAAAACUAAAUUAAGCUUCAUCGGAACUGCUGGCUUGGCAAAAAAACCACAAGAUGCACGAAAAAGUAAAAAUUCUACACUCGAAGAAACCUCUUCCCCAUUCGGCCUGCCAAAGUUCGAAAAUUUGAAGCAUGGCGUAACGGUGGAUUUGCACCUUUAUGUACCGUUGGCAUACCAGCUCUUGGAUUAG